AGUGAAUCAGAUCAACGCGCAUGCGCGGCCUUUGUUGUCAUCACGCAAACACAUGGUUUUUUACUAUCUUACGCUUGCGACCGGCGUUGGGGGUCGUUGUUAUCACCUACAUUUCGUUGUCAAUCGUUGGAAAGAGCUGAAGCUAAACACCGCUAGCCACCAAAGUGCUCGAGGAACUGUGUAACCUUAAGCUGUGAUUACUUCUCAUAAACGCAUCAUGCCCUGGGAACGACCGGCCAACGUACCUUUUCCGAAUGUUUGGUGGACGUUCGAAGCUCCCGAUCCGGACCGUGAGGAUGGUGCGUUGGUGACGUACCGUGUAGAGGACUUAACGGAAGAUCGAUUCGAUGAUGCUAUCAAACUGUACACCGAACAUUUCCUUGACGACGAGCCACUUUGUUCGUAUGGCCGGGUUCGGCACAUUCCCGCAUCCUAUGAAGAAAUGCUUGCAUUCUGGCAUUACCUGUUCAGCGAGAAGUUUACCAUAGUAUGCUACAAGGAAGGAUCCAAAGAGAUGGUAGGAGCCAACCUGCUGUCGGUGAAGAUGGCCAGCGAUAAACACGACCUAACGGAUUUGAUAAAAACUGAAAGCAUGCAAAAAUUAGUUGCCGUCAACGAGUACAUGACCGAUACUGUGAACCUAUUCGAACGGUACGGUGUGGAUAAGUACUUGACGGCGUACGGAUUGAGCGUGAAUAGUCGCUACCGUGGGCGCGGAAUCGCCACCGAAAUACUGAAAGCACGUCGACCGAUUUGCCGGGCAUUUGGUUUGCGACUUACGAGCACCAAUUUCACCGCCAUUGGUUCACAAAUACCGGCCGCAAAGGUUGGCUUUACAACGGAUCUAGAAAUGCAAUACGAUGAGUUUGUAAAAGUCAACCCGACUUACACCUUCGAUGGAAUUAAGAGCAAAAGUUUAAAGCUGAUGAGCCUACCGAUUGAAUGAGUUACUUGGCGGAAAGUGUGAGUGUGUGAUGUAAGGCGCAGCUGCUUUUAAAUGUAGUGAUGUUUAAUAAAUAUGAAAUUGUUAAUGUUUAGUUUGGGGUGAUUUCAAUGCGUUGGACAAAUUGCCGCGAUAACAGACUGUUAUCUUGAUGAUUUGGCACAUUUGAUGAGCUCACCGGAAUGAAAGAAAUUGCUUGCUAUCGAGCUGGGAUGGUAACGAGAGUUUAAACAACGUUUAGGUGAGGUGUUUUAUUCUUUAUAAGCCUAUGCCUAUGAUAAGCCAAGCCUAUCGAUUCAUGAUUCAUCAGUUUAUGUAUUUUCUAUAUAUUUGUAUAAACACAUUUUAAAUUUUGUGAAAAUUCCCCAAUGUGAUAGGACCU